AUGACGCCCAGAGUGGAAGUCAUCCCUCUGCCGGACAUCCGCACCACCACGGUCGCCCGCGCCUUCCUCGAGCACUGGGUCGCCCGAUUCGGCGUUCCGUCCAUCAUCACGACGGACCGAGGCGCCCAGUUCGAGUCGGCCCUCUGGUCGGAGCUACAGCGAUUCCUGGGCUGCCAGCGAACUCGGACGACGUCCUACCACCCGGCCUGCAACGGUAUGGUGGAACGCCUGCAUCGCCAGCUGAAGGCCAGCCUCCGUGCACACCAGGCUACGUCAUGGACGGACGUGCUGCCGCUGGUGCUCCUGGGCAUACGCUCCACCAUCAAGGCGGACCUGCAGGCGACGUCAGCCGAGCUGGUGUACGGCUCCUCACUGCGGCUUCCCGGCGAGUUCUUCAUCAGCAGCCAAGCCUCAGCAGCAUCACCGGCCGGUUUCGUACAGGACCUGAAGCGCGCCAUGUCUCAGUAUUAG